AUGCCCUCCGGGAAAGAAUCGGCCGGAUUUGUUCCACCGAAACUGCUGGAAUUCGCGCGAACCGAGUGGCACGCCACGAAGUUAUUGUUGUUGUGCGGAAUCUACGGAACAGAUCCGAUGCCUUCCGGGCUAUCAUCGGUUCACACUUCUCCCUGUACAAGUCCCUGCCCUAGUCCCUGUCCUAGUCCUUGUCCUAGUCUCUGUCCUAGUUUCUGUCCUAGUCGCUGUCCUAGUCUCUGUCCUAGUCCCUGUCCUAAUCCCUGUCCUAAUCCCUGUCCUAGUCCUUGUCCUAGUCCCUGUUCUAGUCCCUGUCCUAGUCCUUGUCCUAGUCCCUGUUCUAGUCCCUGUCCUAGUCCUUGUCCUAGUCCCUGUUCUAGUCCCUGUCCUAGUCUCUGUCCUAGUCGCUGUCCUAGUCUCUGUCCUAGUCCCUGUCCUAGUCACUGUCCUAGUCCCUGUCCUAGUCCCUGUCCUAGUCCCUGUCCUAGUCCCUGUCCUAGUCCUUGUCCUAGUCCCUGUCCUAGUCCCUUUCCUAGUCCCUGUACAAGUCCCAGCCCUAGUCCCUGCCCUAGUUCAUGUCCUAGUCCCUAUCCUAGUCCCUGUCCUAGUUUCUGUCCUAGUCCCUGUCCUAGUCCCUGUCCUAGUCCUUGUCCUAAUCCUUGUCAUAGUCCCUGUCCUAGUCCCUGUCCUAGUCCUUGUCCGAGUCCCUGUCCUAGUCCCUGUACAAGUCCCUGUCCUAGUCUCUGUCCUAGUCGCUGUCCUAGUCUCUGUCCUAGUCCCUAUCCUAGUCCCUGUCCUAGUCCCUGUCCUAGUCCCUGUCCUAGUCCCUGUCCUAGUCCCUGUCCUAGUUUCUGUCCUAUUCCUUGUUCUAGUUUUAGUCAUCCUGUUUUUGUCUGA